AGAAGAGAGCGAACCCACACACGUGUACCUUCUACAAAUGGACGCUCCUGCGGCUGCGGCGAAGGCUUGCAAGCACAUUGUCCUGGUCCACGGCGCGUGCGUCGGCGGCUGGUCCUGGUUCAAGGUGGCCACGCCGCUCCGCGCCGCGGGCUACCGCGUCGACACGCCCGAUCUCGCCGCGUCGGGCGUCGACCCCAGGCCGCUGCGGGAGGUGGCCACGUUCCGCAACUACACCGCGCCGCUGCUGGACAUCCUCGCUUCGCUCCCGCCCGAGGAGCGCGUCGUGCUCGUCGGCCACAGCCUCGGCGGCGUGAACGUGGCCCUGGCCGCCGAGAUGUUCCCGGACAAGGUCGCCGCCGCCGUGUUCCUCUGCGCCUUCAUGCCCGACUGCGCGGCGCGGCCGUCGCACGUGCUCGAAAAGUUCGUGGAGGGGGGUUGGCUGGACUGGAUGGACACGGAGAUGAAGCCCCAGGAUGCAGAGGGAAAGCUACCCACUUCCAUGAUGUUCGGGCCGCGGAUCACACGAGAGAAGCUCUUCCAGCUGUGCUCACCCGAGGACCUCACCCUUGGGAGAUCUCUGAUGAGGGUCAGUUCGAUGUUUGUGGAGGACCUGCAAGUCCAGCAGCCAUACUCCAAUGCCCGGUACGGCUCGGUGCGUAAGGUGUACAUCGUCUGCACUGAAGAUUAUUGCAUCGUCGAGAGGUUCCAGCGCUGGAUGGUGUCGAACAACCCGGUGGAGGAGGUCAAGGAGAUAGCCGCAGACCACAUGGUGAUGCUCUCCAGGCCGAAAGAGCUGGUGAAGUGCCUUGUUGAAAUUGCCGACAAGUAUGCAUGAUGUUGCCAGUCGUUGUGUUGCCAUCUUAUUGUCAAACUUGUUGCUGCUUUGCAUGCACACGGUGUUCUCUGUUGCAUUAAUUUUGUAAGACCUUUUUUUUUUGCAUCGGUGUGGUUUGCUUGUAACCGAGACUGUUUAAUAAUGAACACGUACAAAUGAGGGAGCAAAUCUGCAGCAACACAAAAAAAU